AUGGGGGACCAAUACCAACAGAUCCCGAGAGAUCAGACUACCUCGGAAAUCAUUACUCAGCAUGUCAAGCACAAGAACAAUCUGCCAAAGACUGGUAGCGUCCCUUGGCACUUGGCUCCAGAGUUCCCGCACUCGAGUGAGCUCAUGUCCAUUGAUCCUGCUCCAUUGCCUCCUCCACCUAUCAUCAAGGAACUGUCUGGACGUGAUGCCAAGAAUGCCUACCUUGAGUUUCAGUAUAUCACAAAUCGUUUCGAGGGUACUGAGCUUCUUCGGCAAGCUAUCAACUGCUUCAGAAACAAGCCUAGAAUGAUGGAGGGCGACAGAGACAACUUCUACAUCUAUACACAAGUACACGUUCAAGGCUACUUGUUUGCUAGAUCUGGGGCAGCUUGCCGCAUUGCCUUCUCAACGGAGCGCUCACCCACUAAAGUUGAGUGGAAGCAGACAAACCGGCUUACUGCUGGUACCCUUAUUGCGCUGUCUCCCAAAGAUGACAACUUCAACACCGAAUGCUAUGUUGCAGUUGUUGCCGCACGAUACAUCGUGGGUGGCCUAGAACCUGAUCUUGCUAAUGGCGAGGGCAAGGACACUCCGCCCCGCAUCGAGAUCUUUUGGUCCGACUGCAACAAUGCCGUCUUCGAUCCUUCCGUUGAGAUGGUGAUGCUUGAAGCCAAAGGAGGUUAUUUUGAGACUGUUCGCCACGCCAUGGUUGGGCUGCAACAUGCCGCAAAGUUUGAGCAAGUCUUUCCCGUUGUAUACUCAAUUCUCAGGCUAACACCCCUCAGUUCCAAGUUUGACAAAUACAUCAUUCAUGAGUCCAACACCGAACACACGACCGCCUAUCUUGCAGACAUUCCAGGACAGACUCCUCGUAUUCCUGAAAGAGCUGACCACCUCGACCAUUCUCAAAAGGAAGCUUUGGAACGCAUGACCCACAAAGAACUGGCUGUCAUCCAAGGUCCUCCUGGUACUGGCAAGACAUUCACAUCCGUUGUAGCCAUUGAAAGCUAUAUCCAGACUCUCAAGUCUGGAAAGGAAGCCCCACCUGUCAUAGUUGCUGCUCAAACCAACCACGCUCUCGAUCAGCUUCUAGACCGACUCUCGGUUUUUGAAGCCGUCAUUGUGCGUCUCGGUGGCCGUACAGAAGACGAGGCGAUAGAAGAGCGUACUCUGUUCAAUCUCAAAGCCAAGUUAGGUCAUAAAAGUGGUGGUAGUAUUGCGGGUGAGCAAGCUCGAAGAACGGUUCUCGGCACAAUUGAGACGUUGUUGUCGGAAUGCUUCCCUGCAUUUCUGAUCCCAGCUGAAGAGUUUCUUCGAGAAGGACUCCUCUCGGAUGCUCAGUACAAGUCGUUGGAUGAUGACGAGUGGGAAUCUGCUACUCUGGUCAAUCGUGAUGACGGAACUGAGAUCGAGUGUCGCAUCGCGCACUGGCUCCAGGUCAUCGAGGACGACCACACUCUUGACAUACGCCCUCCUCAGAACCAGGCUGAGAAUCCUGCAAAGGAUGACGCUGUUGAAGAAACCCAGCAGGAAAAUCAGAAGGAGAGACUCAAGGGUGCUUUCUUUCCCAUGAAGUUCAAUGUCACCGGUGCCCUUCCGAGCGCACUCUCCAAACAUGCCGCCUGGGUCCACCGAGCCCGUAGGCUAUUGAAACUGCAUCAAGAUUUAUAUAAGAUCAAGCCAGGUGAUCGCGGCAUGGUCUAUCGCCUCCUACGAGAAGAACUUAUCCGCGCACGAGCUCAAAAGUUCCCUCAGCUUCUUAAAGAGUACCAGGAAGCCUGUGAUGAUAUCAAAGUCCAGCGUUGGGAGAACGACGUCAAGCUUAUCACACAUGAACGUAUUGAGAUUGUAGGUUGCACAACCACCGGACUAUCCAAGUACCGUGGUAUGAUCGCAGCAUUGAAGCCCCGCAUAUUGAUGAUCGAGGAAGCGGCCGAAACUCGAGAAGCCAACAUUAGUUCCGCUCUCUAUCCCAGUCUGGACCAAGUCGUACUUGUCGGCGAUCACCAGCAACUGGUCCCAUCUGUAGAUGUGCGAGAACUCGGCCGCGAUCCCUACAAUAUGCAUGUGUCUUUGUUUGAGCGUCUGGUCAAGCUCAAGUUGCCAUACAGUAUGCUCCGAGUUCAGCGUCGUAUGGUCCCUGCAAUUCGCGAAGUGGUCAACGCGUUCUACCCCAAGCUCACCGAUCAUUGCUCCGUCUACGACCCAGACAACCGACCUCCAAUACCGGGCAUGGGCGGGAAGAGCCUUUGGUGGUUUGAUCACGAGGGACAAGAGGUGCAGAAUGCCAACGACUUUUCAUUUUCGAACCCAGAUGAAGCCGACAUGAUAGUGGGCUUCGUGCGAUAUCUUGUUCAGAACGGUGUUGACCCAGAACGUAUCACUAUUUUGACGUUCUACAAGGGGCAGGUUUCUCUCAUCACGGAAAAGCUUCGUCGCGACCUGUAUCUCGAGCUCAAGAAUCCGUUGAAGAAGUGGUCCGUAAGGACCGUCGACGGUUUCCAGGGCGAGGAGAACGAUGUCAUUCUGCUGUCUCUAGUUCGAACCGUUGGUCCCGGCUUCAUUGGCAAUUCGAAUCGGGCAAACGUGGGUACCAGCCGAGCGAGAUGCGGAAUGUAUGUCUUUGGCAACUCUCAAACACUUGUGCGAGAUGAGAAUUCUGAGGCGUACAGUACAUGGAGAAAGGUCAUCGAUGUGUUUGAACAACGCCAGUGUAUCGACGACUGCCUUCCCGUCACUUGCCGUAACCACGGAACGCGAACAAACAUCAAGAAUGCCAGUGGAUGGAAGUACAUCCCUGGAGGCGGCUGCGACAAAGGUUGCGAGUCCACAUGUUCAAAGGGUCAUCCAUGCAAGCUCACUUGCCACAAGUUCGACCACAGUGAGGUCAAAUGCUUGGAGAAGUGCGAAGAGGUCCUGAAGUGUGGCCACAGUUGCGAAUCACUUUGUUGGCAACCUUGCAAAUGCCCUUCACGAUGCGAUGAGCCUCCAAAGAUGAAGUUGCCCCUUAGAACUUCUCCAUUACCUGCUCGAGCUUCCAAAAGGCCUAACCAUCGCCCUCAGUCACGAAGCGACAGAACAAUCUCGGGAGGGUCCAGCCAUCAAACGUCCCCAACUCGCCGGUCUGAUCCAUUCCAAGCUCCAAGUUCCCUGGUGCCAACUUCAACUCCUAUGGCACAAGCUCGAAAACAUUGUUUAGAGCCAACCAGUGAACAGAUUAUGGAGGUGGGAUACUACGCUGAAACCAUGCAGCAGGUCCACCAGGGCGCAGAUGCCUCAAAGGAGGGUUCUCGCCCCGACAACUGGAGCCCCGAGAAACUGGCCAAGAAUGACAAACUACUGGCAGAGAACGCCAAGGCCAAGAGGGGUAAGAAGAGCCCAGAGCUCAUACAGAUCAGUGAGACCUGGCACCGAACGACAACAUCAGACAAUCUUGAUCGGCGACGUGAAGAGAAAGUGGAAACACAUUGGUCAAUGAAGGUCUCAACUUGCAAAAAAGCUGAACUCGGCCAAGAGAAGCCUACCGAAGAUGACGAGGACGAGGGCGAGGAUGAGGAUGAGGACAAUGACUUGAUCAGCUUCGAUUGA